UGACUCCCACAAAUAUUUAGUUGCUGAUCGUUGCUGGUCGUCGCUUCGUGUUGUUUGUUGUUCCUUGUGUCAAAUUGUCAUCUCUUUGAAGCGUUUUUAAAUUAAAUAUUCAUUCAUUCAUAAAUUGAACGGCACAAAUAUAACGAGAGACGUGAAGCGAUUAGUCUAGUGAGUUUCUUGACAGGUGGAAAAUAAUGGCAGCUUUGAAGCAAAUCACCAGCUUAACAAAAGCCUUUAAAGCCGUUGCGGCUUCACGAACAACUCAGGCUCUCGUCUCGAAGAAUUUUUACACUUACUCCAAAGAACCUGCGUAUCCAAUUCCUGAUAAAGAACCCUGUUGGGUGAAAAGUGCCGAAGAAGCUCUUCAACAAGCUGGACUGACAUCAGAACAAAAAAUCUACAUCCAAGGAGCAGCAGCAACUCCGACCGAACUAUGCCGAGGAAUGACGGAAGUUGGUAAAUCGUCUAAUGUGAAAAAUGUCAAAUUAUAUCACAUGCAUCUCGAAGGCGAAGCUCUUUUUGCUGCGCCCGAGAAUGAAAAACAUUUUAAAUCAAUAAGUUUAUUUAUUGGCGGAAAUGUGAGAAAGGCCGUAAAUGAAGGAAGAGCCGACUGUAUUCCAAUUUUUCUACACGAAAUUCCAAGAAUUUUUAAUGACGGAGUAGUGAAACCGGAUAUGGCACUUAUUCACGUUUCACCACCCGACGAACAGGGAUAUUGUUCCCUCGGAACUAGUGUUGAUAGUGUCCGAUCUGCCGUUGUUAAUGCCAAAGUUGUCGUAGCACAAGUAAAUAAACAUAUGCCAAGAACGUUUGGCGAUGCAGUUAUUCAUCAGAGUCAUAUCGACGUUGCCGUGAAGCACGACACUCCACUGCCACAGCAUAAAACCAGUGAACCAAGCAAAGAAGAAGUUCUCAUUGGAAAACAUAUAGCGGAAAAUCUCGUUGUUAAUGGAGCAACUCUACAGCUGGGAAUUGGAAGUAUUCCCGAUGCUGUACUUAGUCAAUUGAAAAAUCACAAGGAUCUCGGUAUUCACAGUGAAAUGUUCGCCGACGGCAUUGUCGAUCUCGUAAAUCGUGGAUGCAUCACGAAUAAUCAUAAAUCAAUGCAUCAAGGACGCACUGUCGGUUCAUUUUGCGUUGGUACACAAAAAUUGUACGACUACAUGCAUAAUAAUCCAACUAUCGAAAUGUUGCGUGUGGAUUAUGUGAACGACCCGAGAAUAGUCUGUCAACAAGCGAAGAUGACGGCUAUUAAUUCCUGUAUAGAAGUUGAUAUUACGGGGCAAAUUAGUUCCGACAGUAUUGGAACAAGAAUGUAUUCGGGUUUCGGUGGACAAUUAGAUUUUAUAUUCGGCGCUGCCAUGGCUACUGAUGGAUGCGGGAAACCCAUCAUUGCACUACGAUCGACGACCAAUAAAGGCGCAAGUAAAAUUUCACCAGUCCUCCAAUUAGGCGCUGGAGUCGUUACGUCAAGAGCCCACGUUCGUUAUGUAGUCACCGAACACGGUAUUGCUAGUCUUUUUGGAAAAACUUUACAACAACGAGCUCACGCCCUCAUUCAAGUUGCUCAUCCCAAUCAUCGGGAAUCGCUCGAAAAAGCGGCUUUCGAACGACUGAAAAUGAUGCCAGAACCAUAAAUUACCACUUAAGUAAUUUUUUUGCCAAAAAAAAAAACAGAAAAAAUGAAAUUUCACUCGCAUAGCAUUUAACAUCAUUAUAAUUGUAAUUCGAUGUACAUACGCCUUAUUCAUUGCGCGUUUCUUCGACAUAAAGUAACUUAAAUGUUUUUUUUCUUUGACAUUUUUUAAAGACUUUCUUUCGGCAACUUUUUCUUUUUAAAAAAAGACGAAUUUAAUCACCGGCAAAUCUCAUUCAAAAUUCGUUUGUAAAAUUAAAUUCAUUAGAUGUAAAAGCAAAUUUUACCGACUUUACAAAAAAGACCUGAAAUUUUUUAUAAAACACUUAUUAUUAUUAUUGUUAUUAUUAUAUAAUUAUAGUAAUUUUUAAAAUUAUUAUCAGACAUUUUAAAUAAGUUGAUGAAUGUAAAAUUUGCGAAGAGUCUUUGAAUGUUUGUGAUAAUUUCUGUGAAAAGAAAUUUUAAACGAAAAUUCAUCAUUUUGUAUUGAAGGUUUUGUCUGAUUGAGAAAAAUUGAAAACGAAAAUUAUUCAAACUUUUAAAGAAUUUUAAUAUUUUUUUUGGAAUUUUUUCUUCUCUUUUUGCAGAGAAAAUUUUUUUAUUUAUCUUUUCGUUACGAAACAAAAUUUGACAAUCAUUUUUAAAUGAGAGAAUUUGUUUUAAAAUUCUAUAACUAGACUCUAUUGAGUAUUAUCUAAAAUAUUCAAUUUAUCUUUUUGAAUAUUUGAAUUUAUUUUUGAAGAAAAAAUAUUUUUCUGCAUGAGACAAAAUAAAAAAAGUCACGUAAGAAGGUCUUUAGAAAAUGGCAAAUUACACUUUCUUCUUUUUCGGGUGCUUCAAAAUUGAGUUUUCAUGUUCACAGCGAUAAUCAACGAUCAAGAAGAAAAAUAUGUUUUUCCACGCAAAUAUUUAUAAAUUUUAGGUUUGACACAUUUUUUUCAAAUUAGUUUUGAAAAUAGUUUCAAAAUACUUUCAAAAAUAGUUUUAAAAUACUUUUAAAUUACUUUGAAAAUACUUUGAAAAAAAAUUUGAAAAAAAGAAAGCGAACAAAAUUCUAUCGUUUUCUGCCGUGGAAAAAAAUUUGUUUCUUCUACUUUUUGAUCGAAAAGGUUGUGAACUCCACCGACUUUAUAAUUAUAUUUUUACUGACAAUAACAGUGGUUAUAUGACAAUUUUUUUUUUGUUAAAAAAAGGAAAAAAAGAAAAAGUCUCGAAAAGAUAUUGAAACUCGAUGUACGACGAAAAACAAGAGAAAUGAUAGCCUGAGAGAAUUUAGAAAAAAAUAAUUUUUUUUUAUAUAUAGAAAUAUGCAAAUUGAUUUGUACAUAUGUGUAACAUUCUAUAGGGCAAUUUAUUUUUUUAAUUCCACAAUAACAACAAAAAAAAGAUUAAAUUCUGUUUAAAUAUUA